AUGAAAUAUACUAUUAUUUAUUUGUUCUGGUUAUAUUCCUACAAUGUAGCAUUUGAAAAUAAAGAAACUUUGCUUAAAGAGAAUGAAAAAAAUACAUCGCGUUUUAUAGAAUUUCCUGACAAAGAAGGGGUUGUACAUAAAAUUGAUAUUGAUGCAAAAAUAAGUCAAGCAUCUAAAUUAUUACUCAGCAAUAUCAACCAUUCUACCAAUGAAUAUUUAUUAUAUACACGACGAAACAUUUUGUCUCCUGAUACUCUCAAAAUGAAUGAUGUACAGUCUAUUACCAGUUCACACUUUAAAGUAAAUAACCCUACAGCUGUAAUUGUUCACGGUUGGACUCAAAAUCGCAACUCUCCUAUCAAUAUGGCAUUACGGAACGCAUUACUUACAAAAGCCGAUCACAAUGUCAUAGUUUUGGACUGGAGCGUCAUUGCUGAUAAGGAUUACGUCACUGCUGUGGUAGGAGUGCCACGUGUAGGUCAGCGUUUGGGACAGUUCUUGGCUUUUUUGAGUCUUGUGACUGGCACUUCUUUCAAGACUAUGCACUUAAUGGGCCAUAGCUUGGGAGCUCAUGUAGUGGGAAAUGCAGGUAGAACACUCCAUGGUCAGUUAGGCCGUAUAACAGGCUUAGAUCCUGCUGGACCUUUGUGGAAUAUAAACAGUCGACGCUUGAGAGAGUCUGAUGCAAUUUAUGUUGAAGCUAUUCAUACCAAUGGCGGUAUAUAUGGUUUAAUAGAACCUGUAGCUGCAGCUGACUUUUAUCCUAACGGAGGGAUAUCACAACCAGGAUGUGACACAAAUACAUGCAAUCACAACCGUUCAUGGAGACUGUUUGCUGCUUCAAUUCUUUUUGACCAUCUCACGGCUAGAAAAUGCUCUACUAACUUACAAUUAAUCCUGGAUAAUUGUAGAGGAAACACUACAAAAUUAGGAAAUGACAAUUUACAUAAGAGUGGGACUGGUGUAUAUCGCCUGAGCACUAAGGGGAAUUUUCCUUAUUAA